AUUUUUUUGCUCUUCCUUUUCUCAAUAUCAAGUUCUCAACUUUCUGUCUAUCUUCAUCUCCACUUUCUCACCUUCUUCUUUGUUUUCCCACCGCUGCCGUCCAUAUCGCCGGAUUUUGCAACCCGGGUCAACUCUACCACCUCCCAUUUCUUCUUCACUUGACCCAUAUCCACAUAAAGUUUUCGACUUUUUUUGUGAUUCGAUUGGUUUUGUAUUAGUGAGCUGAUCUGAGCUCAAAGGAGAGAUCUUGGCAUCUGGGUCUGGCUUCUUUUUCGAUCUGAUUGCGAGUUCUGGUAGCUCAGAGGAGCUCCAGUAAAGGUUUCUGCUUUUAAUUCCGCAGGAGAUGAGUCAGUGACAAUUUCUUGUGGUUUUUUAAAGUCAAAGUCGCCGAAACUAGCAAUGAAGGCCCCGGUAGCCUCUCCUAAUCCAUGCGAAGGAACAGAGAAGAAGAGCAUAAAGCCGGAGCUAUGGCAGGCGUGCGCUGGGCCGCUGGUGAACUUGCCGCCGGCUGGGACCCACGUGAUUUACUUUCCUCAAGGCCACAUUGAGCAGGUUGCAGCAUCCAUGAAGAAAGAUGUAUAUGCUCAAAUGUCCAACUACCCAAAUCUUCCAUCCAAGCUAUUGUGUCUUCUUCAAAGUGUCAGCCUUCAUGCUGACCCAGAAACAGACGAAGUAUAUGCUCAGAUGACACUCCAGCCAGUUCAGACUGUCGACAAAGAAGCACUGCUGAGGUCUGACUUUGCUCUCAAGACAAAUAAACCUCAACCAGAGUUUUUCUGUAAAACGUUGGCAACAACUGAUACAAGUAUUCAUGUGCCCCGCCGUGCAGCAGAGAAGAUUUUUCCACCUCUUGAUUUCUCUAUGCAAUCACCUGCUCAAGAACUUGUUGCCAGGGAUUUGCAUGACAAGGUUUGGAUCUUCCACCAUAUCUGCCUUGGACAACCGAAAUGCCACUUCCUUACAGCCGGUUGGAGUCUGUUUGUUAUUAGAAAGAAACUUGUUGAUGAUGACUCUAUUUUAUUUAUCAGGGAUGAGAAGCAACAUCUUCGUCUGGGUAUUAGACGUGCUAACAGGCAACCUACAAACCUAUCAUCUUCUGCAUUGUCAAGUGACAGUAUGCAUAUUGAAACUCUGGCAGCAGCUGCUCACGCUGCAGCCAACAAUAGACCCUUCACGGUAUUCUACAAUCCUAGGUAUAGUCCAUCAGAAUUUGUUAUUCCUUUAGCCAAGUACUACAAGGCAGUGUGCAGAAACCAAAUAUCACUUGGCAUGCAUUUUCAGAUGAUGUUUGAAAUCGAAAAGUCAAGAACAACAAGUUUUAUGGGUACAAUCACGGGUAUUAGUGAUCUUGAUCCCGCUAGAUGGAAGAAUUCGCAGUGGCGUAAUUUGCAGGUUGGUUGGUGUGACAAGUCAAGGGAAAGGCAUAACAGGGUCUCAAUCUGGGAGAUUGAACCUGUUCCAUUUUUAAUCUGCUCCCGUCCAUUUUUCAGACCAAAGCGUCCAAGGCAAGCGAGUAUGCCAGAUGUUGGCAUUGUCAUGAAGGGCAACCAGGGUUCUCCUGACUUAAGCUUAGCUCAGUGGUUGAACAUGCCUCACAACCCUGCCUUAACCUGCUCCACCCAGCCAAAUUACAUGCAAAAUCUUCCUGGAGCUGAUAUUUUUCAGCAGUUGGGCUUGUCAGCACCUCAAACAAAUCAGGCAAACAACUUACAGUUUGGUUCCCAGAGGUUACCUCAGCAAGCACAACAGCAUGAUCAGCUCCCAAAUUUGCCUUCCCCAAUCAACUCUCCGGGAUCUGUUAUGCAAACACAACCACAGCAACAGAUGAGUGAUGUUGUGGUUAAUCAAACAUGCUCCGGUUCACCAACACCUGUUCCUGAGCCUUCUCCUUGUCAGCCUCAAAAAUAUCAAACAUACUUUGGUUCCCCAAACCAACCAUCAACAGUUUUGCCGUCUGUGGGAGCUUUUACAGUUCAGUGCGCUGCUUGUUUUAAAUGGAGGCUCAUUCCAACAAAAGAGAAGUAUGAAGAAUUUCGUGAACAUAUUCUGGAGCAACCUUUUUUCUGUGAAACUGCUCGCGAAUGGCGGCCUGAUAUUUCAUGUGAUGAUCCAGCUGAUGUAAACCAAGAUGGCAGCAUGCUUUGGGUAAUUGAUAAGCCUAAUAUUGCUCAGUCCCCUCCUGGUUGGCAACGGUUGCUGCAGAUCAGAGGUGAAGGAAGCGCCAAGUUUGCAGCAGAUGUGUACUAUGUGGCACCAUCAGGAAAGAAACUUUGUUCAAUGGUGGACAUCCAAAAGUAUUUAUUGGAACAUUCAGAGCACACAAGAGAUGGAGUGACAUUGUCGCGAUUUUCGUUUCAAAUCCCAAUGCUGCUGUAGGGAAAUCAUACAAAGGAUCACCCUACUCAUUUACUGGUUUCUUGUGAUGAUGAUGAUGAUGAUGAAAGUGGGCAUCUUAGACCUGGUUUUGGUAUGCUGCAUAAAACUAUACUACAUUCUUCUCUAAAAUAAGUGACAAAGCAAUGGCAAAGGCAAUGCUUUUGUGUUUUUUCUUGUUUGGUUAGACCUUUCAGUACAAACUGCCUUUGCUGCAUGGUAUACUAUAAGCAAAAGCUGAUGCUAAACUGAAAAUCACUGGUGUUGCUGCAGUGAACCCCUUAGCAUGGGCUGGUUCAGAUGACUUCACUUACUUGCAGCUUGUUCCUCCCUCCAUUUAUGAUCAUGUUAACUGACCUGAGAAGAGGCAAGCAACACAAAUUCCAAGCUCUGCAACUUUUGACCUCUCUUGUGUAGCUAUAUAUAUAUAUAUAUAUAUAUAUAUAUAGGGGAAUUCUCCUAUAGGAGCUUUACUUUAAGCACUACCGGUAGGGCUCUCAGUAUUUACAAUCCGUGAACAGUUUUCAUGCAUGAUUUUUUUUUUAUGAUUGUGUAUAUUGUAGCUAUUGAGAGCAUCUUGCAAAUUUUCAGAAAAUUUCGAAUAGUUUACAGUACUGAAAAUUAGGUUUAAACAUGUUGCACGCGUGAUUAAUUUUUUUUAUGCGCGUGGAAAACAUGUUUGAAUUUAGUUUUCGGUACUGUAAAUUAUUUGGAAUUUUCUGAAAAUUUGCAAGAUACUCUAAAUAGCUACAAUAUACACGGUCAUAAAAAAAAGUCGUGCCGAAAACUAUUCACAAGUCGAGAAACACUGAGAGCCUUACUGGUAGGGCUUAAAAGUGAUUCUCUUAUAGGAGAAUUGUCCUAUAUAUAUAUAUAUAGCUCAUGAUAUUGAAAAGCUGGGAUGGUGACUUCAGGGAACCCCAUUAAUACAAGAUUGAAAAUAUUGAUGAUUUGUUUCUUUUAUUUUUUCUCAUGUUACCAAACAAUCAUAUCUGAUGUAAAUUUGGGUAGAUGAUAAACUUUUUUGAUGGAUUAAAUCAUUCUAAUUCUAUGUUUUUCUAUUCACCCUUAAGGUGAAUGAUGAACUGUUAUUUAUAUUUAAUAUGAAUACAUGUAAUUGAGAAAUGUUGUUGUGUGGGCUUAAUUGUUGUUUGUCACAUGUGACAAUGGGCUUUGAUACCAGCCCAAAUUGAAAUAACACUCCUUUUUUUUUUUUA